CUCUGCCUCUCCUCCACCCUCCAAAACCGUCACUUUCCUUCGACUCUGCCUCUCCUCCACCCUCCAAAAUCAUUCGUUCCGCCGCCGUCUCCCGUCCCCCGACCCGGUCACUCCGCUCGUCCUCUCCUUCCGACGAACCCGCCACUCCGCCCUUCCUCUCUUCCACUUGCCCCCACAACCACGGAUCUCCAGUCCGCCGAUCCUCUGCUCUGCCGUUCGCCCCCUUCCUCUUCCUUUCCUUGUCGCACCCCCAAGAACAAAAACCCAGAAACUAAAAAACCCAGAUCUCUUCGAUCUGGUUGGAGAUGCAGCCAUGCAGGGACCGCGACGAAGAAGGUGGGGAUCUGGAUUCUAGAUCUACGGAUUGAUGGGUGCGGCGGGAGGAUUAGUGACCAGUGGAGCCGUGGAGGGAAGAUAGGUCGGAGGGGAUGAAGAGUCGCCGCCGUCCUUCCUCUCCGCGAGUCGCCGUCGCCGUCCUUCCUCCUUCUCCGACUUUUGUUUGCGGCUACGGGAUUGGUGGGUGGCUGGGUGUGAUACUGCGACGGGAGGAGAGUGGAGAGAUGAGGAGAUGAGGAGAGAUGACGGGAGGAGAGUGGAGAGAUGAAGAG